AGAUAUCCGUUCUUCCCGAACUGACAACACCAGAGGUAUUUCACGAUGCGGCCGACCACCCUAUGGAGCCAGUCGUCACUUCCCAACAGACAGUAGACAAAACACAAUACGCUAGGAACCAACCGAAUGAGCUUUCCCCAUCACCCCAGGCCGGCCAGGAAGAAGGUGCCAACCUGGAAGAGCGAUCCAAAGCACUCGAGCAAGUUACAGCGCCAGAACAAGGACUCGACGAGUCUUCUUCUUCACAGCCAGCGCCACUGUUCGAUGUGGUUGGCAAGCUGAGCGAGAAUGACGAGAACAUGGUGGAGGAAAGGGACAACGCUAUGGACUGGGAGCCUGUCGCGCCCGUGGUCGUGCCUGGUGUUUCGGUCGAGCUCGGAGUCCUAGCUGAUUCUGAACUUACAGCCAAGCCUGAAGUUUUGGUCGAGCCAGAGAUUGAGUUCGUGCCGGAAGUUGUAGAUGCGACGAAGGAAAUUGACGAAGAGGCUAUCCAGGAGACCGAAUCUUUCAACACGGAAGUACCCAUCAAGGAGGUGAAUACAGCUCAACAGGAGGAAGUUAUCCAGGAAGAGUCCAUCCAGCAGUCCAUCAAGAAUGUAGAGUCUGUCGAGGAAAGGGUACCUGCCCAGAUCGAUGUUUCCUCACCCGAAUUGAGUGAGAGGGAAGAAGAUCAAGCAGUGCAAACUGCGCCAAAAUCGACCGUGGCAAUCAGCAAGCCCUAUGACUUCAUCAGUGAGGCUGAGACCGUCAAUGAGGUUGAGCCCGUCAAAGAAGUUGAGAUCAUCGAGGAAGAAGCUCCUGUUGAGAUCGAUACUCUAGCACGCCAACCAAACAAGGAGGAAAAGAGAAAGACGAUUUCAGAUUCGAUCGAUGUGAACGACAAACCUCAAGGAGAGACUAUGGCAACUAGUGAACCCCAGGAUCUCAUGAUGGAGCAGCCAGCGGAUCAAUUAUCAACCGUCCCUGAGCCUACCACAAGCGAACCUGCUCCAGAAACCGACUCGCAAAAUGCCACCGUCGAGCCUACUCCUAAGGCAUUUAACGCCGCAGAGGAUAUUCUUCCAACACCUACAAUCGUGCCACAGGAGUCAAGUUUCGAACAGCCGCAAAUACUGUCCGGGAAUCUCAGCAAGUAUGACGGAGAGAAGACAAACCAAAUAGCUGUGGAGCAAGAAGAAUCAGUCCUACAGCCGGACACCGCCUCACCCACGGCCCAAACUGAAGUUCAAGACUUUGCAGAGACUCAACCCGAAGUGCUUCUUCCAACUCGCGUAUCACCGGCUACCGAAGAGCCUGCGUUUGCCCGCGUUUCGCAAAGUCCAGAGACCAUCUUGGAGGAACGAGCCUCAUCACCGCGUCAAUACAGCGAGGAGAAAGGUCACACCCAAGCUGAAGUCACUAUUCCUGCCCAGGACAAAGCUACAUCAGAAACAGUCAAGCCAGUGACCAAUACUCCAAGUGAAGACGUUCCUGAGGUCGACCAGCCUUUUUUGACAGAACAGCAGGAGAUGGUCGCAGAAAAGAUACUUGCUCCUACAUCCAAAGAGUCUCCUAGGACCGUCGACGAAACCUUCGCUCCAGGUGAUGUCCAAGAGCCCAUGGAGGAUGCCACGUCUGUCAUGCUUCCAAACAAUACAACCACGAACGACCAGAAUCCCUUCCUCUCGCAGCAAUCGGAGCCUGCCGAAAAAGCUUCGGUCGACUCACCGUCAGAAGGCGACGAGAUGAAUGUAGUGGAUGUACUUGAAGAUCUGACAGAACAGGAGUCGUUCAUGCGAGAAUUUCCAAGUUUAGUCUCGCCAACAGUAGAAGAUCUUCAUAUGAGGCCGGACACGAUGAUGGAUGAAGUUCGCUCAGGCUUCUCUACCACGCCUCAGAUUCUCACGGAGCCAGAAGCUACAAUCGCCACGAGUCCCCAACCAGCCUUGCAAGCCAUUCCAUCAUUCACGCUCAACACCCAGGACAGCACUCAGGAAGAGCAUGACACCGUUACUCCUCUCCAAGAAGAAUCUCCUCUUGUGACUGAUCUGGCGCGCGAACAAAGUGAGAGUGUGUCUUCUGGUCAUGACAUGCAUAUUGCAAAGUCCGAAGAUGUACAAAUGGAAGAUGUCGCAACUCCCGAACAAUCAAAAGAUGUCAUACAUCCUAUCGAGGAAGUGCUAUCACCGGUACCAGUCGUGCCACUCGACACUGUUGAGGAUACUUCUCUCACGACACGCACUGAGGAUAUCCAGCAAAGCACGCUUGAUGAGAUCACCCCUGAACCUGCUGUAGUUACAACGAAGACCAUUGACGAGCCGAUGCCUAUCGAAACUUCUGCACCACAGCCUGAGCCAGAGUCGAAGAUCGUGGUCGCACCACUAGAAGAGUCCAUCGAGGAUGUACAGCCUCAACCUUCGAAGAAGAGUUCUCCUGAGCCAAGCAUGAGUUUGGAGCCUAUCACAGUCAAACAACCUGCAGCCGAGCCUAUCCAAGAAACUGACAUUUCCUUGAAGGAGGCUGAGAAGGAAGAGCACAAGUCAAAAUUUACAACUGCUGCCGCCAAAGAACACAGUCCGACUGACUUUACUUUUGCUCCGCAAGAUAAAGUGAUUGAGCCGCUUGUUCUUGACAAGAGUCAGCAUCUUGGUGGUGAUACUGUAACUGUCACCCCAGAACAUGUGCCAGAGAUUGAGGUGGAUUCUAAGAAACUCAAGAAAGAGAGGCGUAGGUCCAAGCAGAAAGAUGUCGCUCUCAAGGACACGCCAGUGAACUCUAUCGAGCCAGAGGCGCCGAUCGAUUCAGGAUCCCGACAGGAUGAGGUCAUUCAAAUUGCGUCAGAACAAUCCAGUGCAACAGUACCCAGCGCUGAGACGAAGGAUGUACCGAAUAUGCCCACAACGGUCACACCAGUCCCUCUCCUCGCCCCUACCGAAAGCUCAGAAGCAACCCCAACACAUACUGUGGUAAAGAAGCCGUCCAAGAAGCAUAAGUUGACGGCGUUGUUCGAGCGCGAUGCCCCGGAUGGAGUCGAUACACCCAAGCGUGAACUACGUAAGGAAGGCGCAGCCAGUGUAAAGAACCUUGCCGAGCAAUUCCACAAUGCCGAGGAGCCAACCAGUACACCUGAACGGGGUUUACGCAGAGGACGCACAGGCAGUGUCAAAGACCUUGCUGAACAAUUCGAACGCCACUCGAGAUCAGUAACGCCCGUUCUCUCCUCGGGUUCUCACUCACGGUCCGUAUCACGUUCUGUAUCACGAUCCGUAUCACGAGUUGCCUCGCAUGAUCGAUUCCGACCAAGUUCUCCAGCACAUGAUAUCGACUUUGCGGCGACACUCGCAGCUGGUCUAGAGGAAUCUGGCUUCGAUGCGAACUUUGUCAUCAAUGAUCCCGCGUUUCUUCGUUCUUCAUCUGUCCAGGGCAUCCGCGACAUCGCUCCUGACGACGACAUUGCAGCUGCAAAGAACAAGGCUAGCCGCUCAAAGUUCGGAUCCCUCGGUCGCACUGCAUCGGCGUCGUCCUCAGCCAUGCCCUCGCCGAAGAUUCGGCCAGCUAAAGAAGUCGAGACGGUCCUGCCGCAACCCAUAGAAGUAGCCUGGGCAUCAACGGACGCUGUUUCUUUCGAUCCGAUGUACGUGCUGAGUGAUCCAGCUUUCUCAAUCCGGAAAACGCCUUCUGGUGUUCUUGAGGAGGCCGAUCCUGAAGAACUCUGGUCUUCGUCCAAGGGCAAGAGGCCGAAGGGAAAGAAAAAGAAGCGUACAUCCGCUCCUCAAUCACCAACCGAAAUCGAUGUACCUGAACCUGACUGGGCGAUCAUUACGGACAAGGAAUUGGAGGAGGUGAGCAAGAACUUGGGAUUUACAGCGGGUACACCAAAGCUCGAAGAGAUGUCUACUGCCGCCGCUGUCAAAAUCCCAGUGGAUGAAGCACCCAUCAGCGUGAAUCCUGAUGCUGAGGCCGCAAUUGACUCCACAGUCCGCGAGAUGGAACUCAAACUGACAUUACCUUCGGUACCCACACCAUUGGAAGAGGUCAAAGGCAAUGAGUACCCAUUCCCUCACGUCAUUGAAGAAGAAACGGCAAGACACACUUCCAACCAAACGACAACACCGAGCCGGAAAGAUGAUAGCGAAAAAAGCCAGACGCUGUUGCCACCAAAGGAAAACGGCAAGAAGAGUAGAAAGGGCAAAGAGAAGGCUGAGACUGGUUCUGAGGCAAGGAAAGAGAAGGAACAAACGAUCGGUGAUAUGGAAAAGGGGGGUUUGGUUGGACGCAAAGCCUCGGACAUGACAGAAGAUGCAGCCCACAAGCCACAUAAACGACGAAAUCAUCCAGUGUCCGUUCACGAGGGGCAGCCAGAUGAAAAGCGUCCCCACGUCCGAGAGACAUCUUCAAAAACUCCCUCGGUGACUCAAGGAGCAGCAUCCAAGCUGCAAGCUCCAGUUGCCGCAGGACACACUACAUCCGAAGCCACAUCGACAUCGCGAACCACUGACAAUCAAGGUCCUACAACUGCAGCUAUGACCAUGGCACCUGGUCGUGAUGGUUCUAGGCGGACGAAAUCCCCAACGAAGAUCCCCCGUGAUUCUCCACUCAAGCGGACAAUGUCUGAGUCGCGUUAUGAUCGGAUGUCGCCUACAAAAGAGAUGGAAGAGAAAAUACCAUACCCGUCUCUGUUUGGCGAUCCAAGCGAGAAGAAGAUGGAGAGGGACAUCCCAGCGCCCAAACGCACACGCACGCCCGGGAACGCACCGCUUGACACAAUCAAGGAGACGAGCCCAGAAGAGUCGAUGUUGCACAAGAAAAACCGAUCACUCACAGACAUAGGAGCACCUGAACGAGGAGUCAAGUCUGUCCGCCGAAGUGGAAGCACAAGGUCGUUCACAGACCGCUUGAAGUCACCCCCUCCAGUCACACCAACACCGUUGAGCCGCAGAGACACAUCGUCAGCACUCAACACAUCCGGACAAGAUACAUCCAUGAGGGAAUUCCCAUGGCAACAAAUCCACGAAGUCAACCGCGGUAUGACUCUCACUCCUGCACGCCCAAUGCCUCGUUCGUCUCCUAGUCCGGAUCCAUCAAAGCAGCGUUUAGGUGAACAACGAUCACCCAGCGUUCGUAGCGAGCGCUCUUUGAGCAAUAUUGGAGCCAGAAUCAAGACCCCAGACCAAAGCCGUCCACUGAGCUCAACAAGCAAUCACUCCACGCAGUCUUUGCGACGGAUGGAUAAAGCUGCAUCAGGUGACUUGAGAUCGACAGCCAGGCUUGGCGAGGUCAGUGCGCCGGACACUAAGGACCCGCAACUUGGACCCUCAGGUAUCACGCUCCCAGCUGGAGCGGUCGCGACAGCUCUCGCAGGCAUCGCAGCUGCAUCAAACUACGACCCGGUGAGGGGUGCAGGCAAAGGUCGUCGUACAAGCAUGGUGGAAACCUUCGAGGCAUUCGGCGAGGCCCAGGGCUCGGGAAUGUCACCAACGCGCGCGCCCAGUCUGCGCAAACGCCAAAGCAUACAGAUAAUGGACUUGCAGCAGCAACUUGACCAACUCGCAGCGCAAAAUCAAUCGCUCGAGGAUGCCCGAAUGAAAGCGGAGGAGUAUGUGCAAGCUACGCAUCACCAACGCCAAGUCGACGAGCAAUUGGUACAGGAAGAAGUGGAAGCACGUGAUCGCGAGAUUUACCAACGAAACAUGGAUAUUGCGCAACUCAAGGACACCCUUCAAAGACUACAGGAAGAGAUCUCAAGACUGACAGAACUCAACAAAUCUGUCACUGAAGCAAAUCGCAACCUCACCAACGACGCCAACGAAAGAUACAGCCAACUCCAAUCUGAAAGCCAGUUGAUCCAGCAGCAAUGGCAAACGUCGGAACAGGAGUUGACACAGGUCCGCGCCCAAUAUGACCAGAUGACAAAGAGCAUGGAAGGCGUGGUCCGCAGUGAGAUUGGCGCCGCACUGGACGAGCGCAAUUCAGAAAUCGACCGUUUGAACACCGAGCUUGCAGAAGCACGAGAACAGAUCACGAUCUUGCAACAACAGAUUUUGGCAUCCAAGACGCCCAGCGAAAGCUUCCUCACCACUCGUGACGAGGACUACUUUGACAGCGCCUGCCAACAACUCUGUCAACACGUCCAGCAAUGGGUGCUGCGAUUCUCCAAGUUCUCUGACACUCGAGCUUGCCGCCUGUCAUCGGAAAUUGCAGGCGAUCCCAGGCUGGAUACGCCAACUCGGCAAAAAAUCGAUACUCGCUUGGAUAAUGCCAUCCUCGAUGGCUCGGAUGUCGAUAUGCUGCUUGCGGAUCGUGUAAGGCGGCGAGAUGUGUUCAUGUCCGUGGUCAUGACAAUGAUCUGGGAGUACGUCUUCACGAGAUACCUGUUUGGCAUGGACCGAGAGCAGCGACAGAAACUCAAAUCGCUGGAGAAGACGUUGUCGGAUGUUGGUCCACCCCGAGCUGUAGCUCAAUGGCGCGCAAUCACACUCACACUCUUGUCGAGGCGAGAACAAUUCAAACAACAGCGCUCCCAAGACACUGAAGCCGUCGUCAACGAGAUCUACAGCACUCUGUCGACCCUCCUCCCACCUCCAUCGCACCUGCAGCGCCAGAUCCAAGAAUCGCUACGCAACGUGAUGCGCCUGGCCGUCGAGCUUUCAAUCGAGAUGCGAACACAACGCGCGGAGUACAUCAUGCUCCCGCCGCUCCAGCCCGAGUACAACACCAACGGCGACCUGCUCGCAAAGGUCACGUUCAACGCCUCGCUCAUGAACGAGCGCUCUGGCGAGACAACAUCCAACGACGACCUCGAAGGGCGCUCUGCCGUUGUUAAGAUUGUGCUUUUCCCGCUCGUAGUAAAGAAGGGCAACGACUACGGCGAAGGCGAGGACGAGAUCGUCGUCUGCCCCGCGCAGGUCCUGGUCGCUGGAACGAAGAGCAAGAAGGUCGUUCGCGUUAUGAGUGGUGCGAUGAGCAUCGUGUCGAAACGACCACCUUCUAGAGCGAGGAGUGUAUUGAGUGGUGUUAGUCUUGCGCCUCCGCCUGAGAGCUCGCUUAUGGACUUGGAUUGAGAGGUUGGAGUGUAAAGGAAACGAGGGGAGUAAAGGUGUUGGUCGUUGUUUGUUAGUAUGGGGCUAUUUUUCUUACUCGUUCAGUGUUUGGGCAUGGGUAUACCUAUUUUAUUUCCUUUGUGUUAAACUAUUCCUGCAGGGGGAUGCAGCAUGUAUAUCAUAGUUAAUAUUCAUAUUCAUAUUC